GGUGAAUACUUGAGUUGCUAACAACACCCUUAUAUGCUUCUUUCAGUAUCUGUACUCUGGACAGUAGAAAAAGGAACAUUGAUACUACGAAUUUUUGCACAUUUGGCACUACACAGGACACUGACCCAAUCCCUGAACAAAGACUUUCAUGUGGGGUUUAUUAGGUUCCGCGUUUGCCUUGCGCCUGGAGAGGAGCAAGGCUUGACUGCCUCGCAAAAGAAUGCGAAUGACUUCAACACCCACGUGGCAGCACAUUUGAUGGUGAGCCUACGGAGAACCCGCUCUAAUGUUACUGUCCAUUGUAUGUUUCGUAGACGCAGGUCCCGGACGUCGCCAAGAUCCGGUGGGUAAAAGAUACGAAGAAGGAUGCACUUCGAUGUCCGCAACCGUCUCCAUCUGGAGUGGAUGGUACGGAAGGCCGUCAUCGUCUCGACUUGGACAGAUUCUGUGGGACAUAUGGAACGUCAGU